AUGCACUGCGAGGGGUGCGCCAGGAAAGUGAGGCACGCAAUCAAGGGAUUCGAAGGUGCCGUGAUCUGAUUACCUCUUCCUGUCGGUCUCUCUCAUUCCGUCCGGUCUGUUUCCGAUUUUCGCCUGGUUUUGAUCGUCUCUGACGGUCGGAUCGUCUGAUCCCUCUGCGUCUGCGUUUUGGCUCGGAGAUCUCGGCGGUUGCUGUUUUCAUCGUCUUCUGAAACUUUUCAAAUGAGGAGACAAGCGGGGCUGCCUCCGACGACCGGUUGAUUCCUCCGGCGAUCGCUUUUCCUCGAACUUGACCGGAGGAUGGAUCCUCAUCGUCCUACUUUUCCGCUGUUGCCGUCACACCGAUGACUAGAUUCCAUGGACGAUGUUUUUGCUGAUUAGAGCAUCUCCCGAAGCAGGGGUCGAGUCGGUGUUGACGGACUGCCCCAGCAGCAAGCUGACCGUGGUAGGGAAGGUCGAUCCAUGGAAGGUCCGGGACCGGGUGGAAAGCAAGACGCACAAGACGGUCGCCCUUAUCUCCCCCAACGUCCCCAAGAAGGAGGAGAAGCCGAAGGAAGAGAAGAAGGGGGGCAACGAGAAGGGCGAGAAGAAGGCCGACGACAAGAAAUCUAAGGAGGUAUCAAUCAUUCUUCUCUCCACAUAAAUUCAUUCAUUCUCACCAGCUCAAUUGAGAUUCCAAUCGGCGCGAGAUCCUCGAUUACUCGUUCGUCCUGUCCGUGUUUUCGUUCCGAUUUUUUGACUUUUGGGCUUCGAAAAUGCAGCCGGUGGUGUCGACGGUCACCCUGCAUGUCCGCUUUCACUGCGAAGGCUGCGUGCAGCGCAUCGAGAGGAUCAUUGCCAAAGUGAAUGGUAAGCAAUCUGGUUAUCCGCGGUGAUCGAUAUCUUCCCCGAUGGAUUGAUUUGUCGCCUUAUCCGCCGGCAUUAACAUUCUCCCGCUCGGGAAUCCCGAAGUGCUGGGACACGAACGGGAAAGCUGAUCGAUGAUCAGCUUUGAGGUCUGGAGGAACAAAUGGGCGUGUGCCAUUGAUUACCAGGCAGCCCCACCUUCUCUACCGUCCUGCUCUUUCUCCUCCGGGUGGUCCACGGUGGGCGAUCUUCGUGGAUCUUACUCUGUGAGGCGCGCUGGUGACUGCUGCUGCCGCCUGCAAAAUCUCAGGAAUCACCCUCCCUGCAGUCGCCCUUUCCCGCCGUCGAUCUCCCUUUAUUGCCCCCGCCUCUGAUUACCGCCACUGCUACUUCUGAGCAUCGCAAUUUCGUGGUACGGCGGCGUUCAGGGGGAGGCUUAACGUUGAAUGCGUCUGGCUGGUUGGUUUCUGCUGCAGGAGUGGAGGCGGUGGUCAUCGACCGGAAGAAGGAGGAGGUGACGGUGAAGGGCACGAUGGACGCGAAGGCCCUGCCGGAGUACCUGAAGCAGAAGCUGAAGCGGAGCGUGUCGGUGGUCGGGCCGAAGAAGGACGACGGCGGCGGCGAGAAGAAGAAGGAGGGAGGAGGGGAGAAGAAGAAGGAAGAGGGUGGCGGCGGGGAGAAGAAGAAGGAGGAGGGCGGCGGCGCCGCCAAGGCGGUGGCGGAGGCCAACAAGAUGGAGUUCCACGGCCUCGGCGGCUUCGGGGUUUACGCUCCUCCUCAGUACGGUUACAACGUCAACACGUUCCACGCCCCGCAGUACUUCAGCGACGAGAACCCUAACGCCUGCUCCGUCAUGUGA